AUGAGGAUCUUCUGGAGGCCAUUUGGAUUCUUAAGAAGACUUUUCAAAGUGGAAAGCUGUAGCGUAACUAAAUCAGAAUCAUUGAUCCCAUUAGCUUGGACAUCACAGAAACUUAGCAAAGCACCUGGCAUUUUCUUGUUGGAUCAAAGAAAAAGAUUCUCAACCAUGCCUGAAAUAGAAAGAGGUCAAAGAGACUCAGAAUUAUUUUCACCACCCUCUGAUGUCCGAGGAAUGACAACACUUGAUAGAACAGCUUUUAACAAGACAGUCACCAUCCCGGUGCUUAAAGUGAGGAAAGAAAUCGUCAAUAAAUUGAUGCGAUCCCUUAAAAGGGCAGCACUGCAGCGACCGGGCAUAAAACGUGUGAUUGAAGAUCCAGAAGAUGAAGAAAGUAGACUAAUUAUGUUGGAUCCCUAUAAAAUAUUUACUAACGAUUCCUUUGAGGAAGCAGAACUCAGUAUUUUAAAGCAGCUUAAUGUCAGUCCACAGAUAUCUAAAUAUAAUUUGGAACUAACUUAUGAGAACUUCAAGUCAGAAGAAAUCCUGAGAGCUGUGCUCCCUGAAGGUCAAGAUGUGACUUCAGGGUUUAGCAGAGUUGGACAUAUUGCGCACCUGAAUCUUCGAGAUCAUCAACUGCCUUUCAAGUAUUUAAUUGGCCAAGUUAUGAUUGACAAAAAUCCAGGAAUCACCUUAGCAGUAAAUAAAAUCAACAAUAUAGAUAACACUUACCGAAAUUUCCAAAUGGAAGUGCUAUAUGGAGAGGAAAACAUGAUGACCAAGGUUCGGGAAAACAACUAUACCUAUGAAUUUGAUUUUUCAAAAGUCUAUUGGAAUCCCCGUCUCUCUACAGAACACAGCCGUAUCACAGAACUUCUCAAACCUGGAGAUGUUCUAUUUGAUGUUUUUGCUGGGGUUGGGCCCUUUGCCAUUCCAGCAGCAAAGAAAAACUGCACUGUAUUUGCCAAUGAUCUCAAUCCUGAAUCCUAUAAAUGGCUAUUGCACAACUGUAAAUUAAAUAAAGUGGACAAUAAAGUCAAAGUCUUUAACUUGGAUGGGAAAGACUUCCUCCAAGGACCGGUCAGAGAAGAGUUAAUGCAGCAGCUGGGACCACUGUCAAAAGAAAGAAAACACUCUGUGCACAUUGUCAUGAACUUACCAGCAAAGGCAAUUGAGUUUCUCAGUGCUUUCAAAUCUCUUUUGGAUGGGCAGCCAUGUGGCAGGGAGCUCCUUCCCAUAAUACACUGUUACAGCUUUUCCAAAGAUGCUAAUCCUGCUAAGGAUGUUCAGCAACAAGCUGAAGCUGUAUUAGGCAUUUCCUUGGAUCCAUGCAGUUCAGUUCACCUAGUAAGAAAUGUAGCCCCUAACAAGGAAAUGUUAUGCAUCACCUUUCGGAUUCCUGCUGCUAUCCUCUACAAGAACCAGGCCUUAGAUCUAGAGAAUCAGGAAGAUCCUCCACCUUUUAAACGCCAGAGGACUGAUAAAGCCUUUUCAGAAGAAAAAACUACAAUUGCUUAA